GGCCUGGGCCAUGGCCUCGGGGCUGCAGCCCGCGGCGGCCUCCGCAGCCGCCUCUUCCUCCUCUGCGGCUGCCGCCGCCGCCGGCAGCGCGAUCGCCGGCGGCUCGGUUGCCCAGCUCCUGCAGCCGCGCUGGAAGCGAGUGGUGGGCUGGUCGGGACCGGUGCCGCGACCCCGCCACGGCCAUCGCGCCGUGGCCAUCAAGGAGCUCAUCGUGGUGUUUGGUGGCGGCAACGAGGGGAUCGUGGACGAGUUGCACGUGUAUAACACGGCAACCAACCAAUGGUUUAUCCCCGCGGUUCGAGGGGACAUCCCUCCAGGCUGUGCAGCCUAUGGCUUUGUGUGUGAUGGGACUCGCCUGCUGGUGUUCGGUGGAAUGGUGGAGUAUGGGAAGUACAGCAGCGACCUCUAUGAGCUGCAGGCAAGCAGGUGGGAAUGGAAAAGGCUCAAAGCCAAAGCCCCCAAAAAUGGGCCUCCUCCAUGCCCUCGACUUGGGCACAGCUUUUCUCUCGUGGGCAACAAAUGCUACCUGUUUGGGGGUUUGGCCAACGACAGCGAGGAUCCCAAGAACAACAUUCCGAGGUACCUGAAUGACCUCUACAUCCUGGAGUUACGACCAGGCUCCGGUGUGGUAGCCUGGGACAUCCCCAUCACUUAUGGGGUCCUGCCGCCCCCCAGGGAGUCCCACACAGCUGUAGUCUAUACAGAAAAGGACAACAAGAAAUCCAAGCUGGUUAUUUACGGGGGCAUGAGCGGCUGCAGGCUUGGGGACCUCUGGACCCUAGAUAUUGAGACCCUGACCUGGAAUAAACCUACUCUCAGUGGGGUGGCUCCUCUCCCUCGAAGUCUUCAUUCUGCCACCACCAUAGGAAACAAAAUGUAUGUGUUUGGUGGUUGGGUUCCUCUUGUUAUGGAUGACGUCAAAGUGGCCACACAUGAGAAGGAGUGGAAGUGCACCAACACACUGGCCUGUCUCAACUUGGAUACUAUGGCAUGGGAAGCUAUUCUGAUGGACACCCUGGAGGACAACAUCCCCCGGGCUCGAGCUGGGCAUUGUGCCGUGGCCAUUAAUACCCGGCUCUAUAUCUGGAGUGGGCGAGAUGGUUACCGAAAAGCAUGGAAUAACCAAGUCUGCUGUAAGGACCUCUGGUACCUAGAGACAGAAAAGCCUCCUGCCCCAUCCCGGGUGCAGCUGGUCCGAGCCAACACCAACUCCCUGGAGGUGAGCUGGGGAGCAGUGCCAACAGCCGACAGCUAUCUCCUGCAGCUCCAGAAGUAUGACAUUCCUGCUGCUGCCGCCACCGCUGCCACCUCACCUGCAGCCAACCCAGUUCCAUCUGUGCCUAUCAAUCCCCCCAAGAGCCCUGCCCCAGCUGCGGCAGCCCCUGCCGUGCAGCCGCUGGCCCAGGUUGGCAUUACACUGCUCCCACAGGCAGCUGCAACCCCCCCAACCACCACCACCACCAUCCAGGUCUUGCCGACAGUGCCUGGCAGCCCCAUCCCUGUGCCCACCACAGGUCGCACUCAAGGUGUCCCUGCUGUUCUCAAAGUGACCGGCCCCCAGGCUACAGCAGGAACUCCCCUGGUCACUGUUCGACCAGCCAGUCAACCCGGAAAAGCUCCAGUUACUGUGACUUCGCUGCCUGCUGGUGUCCGAAUGGUUGUGCCGACACAGAGUGCCCAGGGGACAGUGAUUGGCAGCAACCCUCAGAUGAGUGGCAUGGCAGCACUGGCCGCGGCAGCUGCAGCCACCCAGAAGAUUCCUCCUUCCUCGGCUCCCACAGUACUGAGUGUCCCAGCAGGGACCACCAUUGUUAAGACAGUAGCUGUGUCUCCAGGCACCACCACACUUCCAGCCACAGUCAAAGUGGCCUCCUCACCAGUCAUGGUGAGCAACCCGGCCACCCGGAUGCUGAAGACAGCAGCUGCCCAAGUGGGCACCUCUGUGUCAUCAGCUGCCAACACUCCCACCCGCCCUAUCAUCACUGUCCACAAGUCAGGCACAGUAACUGUGGCUCAGCAAGCCCAGGUGGUGACCACUGUGGUUGGUGGUGUCACCAAAACCAUCACUCUGGUCAAGAGCCCUAUCUCUGUUCCAGGGGGCAGCGCACUGAUUUCUAAUCUGGGCAAAGUGAUGUCAGUUGUUCAGACCAAACCGGUUCAGACCUCAGCAGUCACAGGCCAGGCUUCCACUGGCCCUGUGACUCAGAUCAUCCAGACCAAAGGACCCCUACCAGCGGGUACCAUUCUGAAGCUGGUAACAUCAGCAGAUGGCAAGCCUACCACCAUCAUCACCACUACCCAGGCCAGCGGGACUGGAACCAAACCCACCAUCUUGGGCAUCAGCAGUGUCUCCCCCAAUACUACCAAACCGGGCACUACCACCAUCAUCAAAACCAUCCCCAUGUCGGCUAUCAUCACCCAGUCCGGAGCGACGGGUAGGGGCGUCGGGCAGGGGCCGCGCGAUAUGUACCCGAAUACAAUUACUCUCCAAAAGUCACCCGACACAACAUCCUGGGUGUCCCCCAAUGGGCUGAAUUCUGAGUCGGGGUAUAAGGUCCAGGCUGGUGUAACCAGCAGCCCUGGCAUCAAAUCCCCCAUAACCAUCAUCACCACAAAGGUCAUGACAUCAGGCACAGGCACACCUGCCAAAAUCAUCACUGCUGUCCCCAAAAUUGCUACUGGACACGGGCAGCAGGGAGUAACCCAGGUGGUGCUGAAGGGAGCCCCUGGACAGCCAGGCACCAUCCUCCGAACAGUUCCCAUGGGUGGGGUGCGGCUCGUCACCCCAGUCACAGUGUCAGCUGUCAAGCCGACUGUCACCACCCUGGUGGUGAAGGGCACCACAGGAGUCACAACCCUUGGCACUGUGACUGGGACGGUGUCCACCAGCCUUGCCGGAGCAGGCGGGCAUAACACCAAUGCUUCCCUAGCCACUCCUAUCACCACCCUGGGGACCAUUGCCACCCUUUCGAGCCAGGUGAUCAAUCCUACAGCCAUUACUGUCUCAGCUGCGCAGACCACUCUGACAGCGGCAGGAGGGCUCACCACACCCACCAUUACCAUGCAGCCUGUCUCUCAGCCCACUCAAGUGACGUUGAUUACCACACCCAGUGGAGUAGAGGCCCAGCCAGUGCAUGACCUCCCUGUCUCCAUCUUGGCCUCACCUACAACAGAGCAGCCCACAGCCACAGUCACAAUCGCUGAAUCAGGCCAGGGCGAUGUACAGCCCGGCACUGUGACGCUAGUGUGCUCCAACCCCCCCUGCGAGACCCAUGAGACGGGCACUACUAACACAGCCACUACAACUGUAGUGGCAAACCUUGGGGGCCUCCAGCAGCCAACCCAGGUCCAAUUUGUUUGUGACAGGCAGGAGGCAGGUGCCUCAUUGGUGACUUCAGCAAUGGGACAGCAGAAUGGCAGUGUGGUGCGGGUCUGUUCAAACCCCCCCUGUGAGAUCCAUGAGACAGGCACCACCAACACUCCCACUGUGGUCAGUGCCAACCUAACGGUCCCCACACUGCUAGGGGCAGGGCAGUUUGUGUGCUCCAACCCCCCUUGUGAGACCCAUGAGACAGGUACCACCAAUACAGCCACUUCUAGUAUGGCUGGGCAGCACAUGUACUCCAAUCCCCCAUGCCAGCCCCAGGAAGCAGGUACCACCAAUAUAGCCACAUCAAAUAUGGCUGGGCAGCAGCAAGUAUGCUCAAACCCCCCAUGCGAGACCCAUGAGACGGGUACCACCAACACAGCCACCACCGCCACAUCCAACAUGACUGGGCAGCGUGUGUGUACAAAUCCCCCGUGUGAGACCCAUGAGACAGGAACCACCAGCACUGCCACUACUGCCAUGUCCAACAUGGGCUCAGGGCAGCCAGCAACUGCCAGCCAGCAGCGUGAGACACAUCACACUCACACAACCAACACCCCUACCACAGCCCGCUCCAAUAUGGGCACUGGGGAGCCUGAGGGAGCACAAGCUCCCACUAAGGCCCCAUGCCAAACCCACCAGACCAGCGCAACCAGCACCACCAUGACCGUGCAAGCUACAGAGACACCAUGCCCAGCUGCUCCCCGGGUUUGCCCCAGUCUAUCCUGUGAGCUUGGUACCACCACCACAGGUUCUAUGGGGCCAGCAACUCAGAGCAGCUCAGCUAGUGGGGGUGGUACCAGCACAGGCUUAGGGCAAUUAGCCUUCAUCAGCCGGCAGUCUGAGGUACAGCAUACCCAUACAACAAACACCCCGACUACAGCCCGGUCCACCAUGGGCGCUGGGGAGGCCGAUGGGGUACAGGGGCCCACCAAGCCCUCAUGCCAAACACACCAGACCAGUUCCACCAGCACCACUAUGACUGUGAAAGCCACAGAGGUGCUUUGCCUGGCCGCUGCCGCCUCCACCUGUUCCAACCCACCUUGUGAAACGCAUGAGACGGGUACCACCAACACAGCCACUACCUCGAACGCAGGCACUCUCCAGCAGGUGUGCUCCAACCCACCCUGUGAGACCCACGAGACUGGCACCACACAUACGGCCACCACUGCCACCUCCAAUCUAGGCUCCAGUCAGCCUGGGCAGCAGAUACCUGCUAGCCCUCAUUGUGAGACUCACCAGACCACCUCCACUGGCACCACCAUGACAGUCAACUUUGGUGUCCCACCCUCUGGGGCCAGCCCCUCCCAGAAGACCCUGGAGGCAGCCUUAGAUUCUGCAGCAGCACCAGCCCCCUCCCCAGGGCAGAGGGUGUGUACCAACCCCCCCUGUGAAACCCAUGAGACAGGCACCACACAUACGGCCACCACUGUCACCUCAAACAUGAGCUCAAACCAAGACCCACCGUCAGCUGCAGGAAAUCAAGGGGAGCCAGAGAACAUCCAAGGGGAAAGCAUGGCCACCACCAGCUCCAGCGCCAUCACCACAACAGUGUCUUCCACGCAGACCCGAGCUGUAACCACUGUGACACAGUCCACACCAGUUCCUGGGCCCUCAGUGCCGAACAUUUCAUCGAUGACGGAGAUGCCUCCUGAUGCCAUGGCUACGGAAGCGUCUGUCUCAGCCACAAUAGCAGUGGCUGUGACUGGCACAGACGCGCAAGAGGUGGCACUCUCAGCCACAGACAUUCUCCAGCCCUUAGAGGAGAUCCCGGCAGAGACAGAAGCUCCGCAGCAGCUCUUACAGACCCCCUCGGCUCCCGGAGGGGAGCACGCCGAAGGCCCAUCGGCCACUCACAGCCCUGACCUGCAGGCAGCGGUGGACAUGAGUGGGGCCGGUGCACCCUCCCCAGGCCAGGAAGCUGCCGGCUCAGCAGUGGUGACUGCUGUUAUGGUGCAGCCCCAGCCCCAGCCCGAAGUGGACCAAUUGGCCCUGCCCCAGGAGCUGAUGGCCGAGGCCCAGGCUGGCACCACGACCCUUAUGGUUACAGGCCUCACCCCAGAGGAGCUGGCGGUGACAGCAGCAGCUGAGGCUGCAGCCCAGGCAGCGGCUACUGAGGAAGCUCAGGCCCUGGCGAUCCAGGCUGUACUCCAGGCUGCCCAGCAGGCUGUCAUGGCAGGUGCCGGUGAGCCAAUGGACACGUCAGAUGCAGCCGCAGUGGCGCAGGCAGAGCUGAGCCAUUUGACAGCUGAGGGCCAGGAGGGGCAGCCUACUUCCAUCCCCAUUGUGCUGACCCAGCAGGAGCUGGCUGCUUUGGUGCAGCAGCAGCAACAACUGCAGGAGGCCCAGGCCCAGGCCCAGGCCCAGGUGCACCACCACCACCACCACCACCUGCCCACUGAGGCUCUGGCCCCUGCUGACAGCCUCAAUGACCCAGCCACGGAUAGCAAUGGCCUCAGUGACCUAGCCAGUGCUGUCACCAGCACUGUGGCCCUUCUGCCUUCCACAGCAACAGAGAGUUUGGCUCCAUCCAACACAUUUGUGGCUCCUCAGCCAGUGGUGGCUAGUCCAGCGAAGCUCCAGGCAGCUGCUGCCCUGGCUGAGGUAGCUAAUGGCAUCGAGUCGCCAGUGGGGAAACCUGACCCCCUGCCCCCACCCAUGAAAGCCACAGCGAAGAAGGAAAACCAGUGGUUCGAUGUCGGGGUCAUCAAGGGCACCAACAUGAUGGUGAUGCACUAUUUCCUGCCCCCAGAUGAUGCCCCAAGUGAUGAUGACUCGGGCACUAUCCCUGACUACAACCAGCUAAAGAAGCAAGAGCUCCAACCAGGCACAGCCUACAAGUUUCGUGUCGCAGGUAUCAAUGCCUGUGGCCGGGGGCCCUUCAGCGAGAUCUCAGCCUUUAAAACUUGUCUGCCUGGCUUUCCUGGGGCUCCCUGUGCCAUUAAAAUCAGUAAAAGUCCAGAUGGUGCACACCUCACCUGGGAGCCACCUUCAGUGACCUCAGGCAAGAUCAUUGAGUACUCAGUAUACUUAGCCAUCCAGAGCUCCCAGGCAGGAGAACCGAAAAGCUCAGCCCCAGCUCAGCUGGCCUUCAUGCGGGUCUACUGUGGGCCCAACCCAUCCUGCCUGGUCCAAUCCUCCAGCCUCUCCAAUGCCCACAUUGACUAUACCACCAAGCCCGCCAUCAUCUUCCGUAUUGCUGCCCGCAAUGAAAAGGGUUAUGGCCCUGCCACACAAGUCAGGUGGUUGCAAGAAUCUAGCAAAGACAGCUCCAGCACGAAGCCUGCCAGCAAGCGGCCCUUGUCCUCGCCGGAAAUGAAAUCGGCUCCAAAGAAAUCCAAGGCAGAUGGCCAGUGAGCGGCCCCUUCUCCCAGACGCCUGCCCCUCUCCCCAGCCCCCUGCUCUGCUUCAGAGAUGCCGCCUGCUGCGCCUUGUGCAACUUCUCCCUCCCCACCCCCAUGCCCCCACCCUGCACCUUUGGAGCGCCCCCAACCCCACCCAGUUUUCUUGCUCUCCAUUUUUUGUUUUGUUUUAAUUUUUGUUUUGUUUUUGGUUUUGUUUGUUUUUUAAAGUAAGGGGUGGGGAGGACAAGUUAUUCUGAAGAAAGCACAUUAUUUAAUGUUGGGUUGGGAAGGGAGAGGUUAGCUUGAGAAAGAGGAGUAGAGGCCUUCACAGCCUGGACCCCUGGGCUGGGUUUUGCAUGUAGCACCAAGCCUCAGAGACCGUAGCAGGCCCCUGUCUCUCCCUGACUGGUGGUCGGAGGAGGGGAAGAGGACGAGGAGCCCAUUGGCAGUCUCCCUCUGCCCAUGGAUGCUCUCCACAGCAGCAGUCCCUUGUAGGUUUUAUGCUUGUUCCAUAUUCAUAAGCUUAGAGAGAUGGAGGAGGAGGAGAAUGAUUUCAGCCACAAGAAAAACAAAGGAAAUGGGCAAAGGGCACUUAGCCUUCCUCUUCCUCUCCCUUCUCCCCUGAAGCCUGUCAGGGCGAGGCCAACCUCAUGGGCAUCUUUUGGCGUUUUAUCUUCUUACUUUGCAGCCACCCAGGUUCCUUAAACUUGCCUCCCCUCUGUUCCCUCCAAGGCUGUGACUCCCCAGGACCCUGGCAUCGCAAUCUGCUCUCCCCUCCCCCUGCACAGAACAGGGGGCAGCAGGGGGGGGUGGGGCAUGGCUUGGUCUAGAAGAUGCUUUGUAAUGCCACACUAGGGUGAGGGAGCACCUGACAAGUGGGGGUCAGGGGAAGGGAGGAACUGGUAUCUUUUUUUUUAAGCAAAAGUUGAAGAAAUGAAGCUCAUUUUUAUUACAAUCUCAUAGUAUGUGGGGCUUUUUUCCCUUUUGGGGGGGUUGGCUUUUAGCAGUGUACAAAAUGGAUUCCUUUUUUUUUUUCCCUGAUUUAAUGCCAUUCUUGGCAGGGAUGUCCUGGGGAGGCUAAGAAUGGCACCUGUGGGUAGUGCCAGCAGAGACAGAUUUCAGAUCCUUUGGUUUCUCUUGACCACAAACACACUGCACAUUGGUGGUCUCUUACCUUUUGGUGGUCCAAUAGCUCUGAGGGAGGAGGGUGUGGCAGGUUAAUUGGGAGGAAGGAGGCAAUAGCAACCAGGCACACAACCCACCCAUUCCCCACCCACCCUGCCAUGUACAGUUUAUUAGACUUCACCAGGCAAAUUGGUAAAUAAGUGAACUAUAAAUUAGGUCGGUUUUCAGGAAAGGUAAUGCUGGAAAAUGCUGCCUCCCCUCCCCCCAUAUCCCCUUUAUGUUUGAGCUUCCUAUAGACCCUGCCCUGACCAGCUUGGGCCAGUCCAAACAGGAAAUAUUCCUGGUGUAGAUGGGGUCAGAGUAGACAACUGCCUGUUUCCAAGAGACCCUUCCCCCCCUCCCAACUUUUGGAUUUGGGGAAAGGGGAUUUGACAGGGAAUCUUGGGAUCUUGGAUUGGAGGGGGUUGAAGUUUGGUGAUUGGAGGGGGGUAGGGUGCUCUUUCUCAAAGCCAGCAGCUCCAGCCUACAGAUUCCAUGAAUUUGUAGGCCUUGCUCUCCAGCUUCACACAUAUACACACACACACACACACACACACACACACACACACACACACACACCACACACACACACACACACACACACACCACACACACCCCUUGCUCUCCCAAAGAGCAGAGCCAGUGAGCUGGGAGCUGAACUCAGUGUAAUAAAGCAGGAUGGCUUCGGGGAGCCAAGCUCCCCGUGGCCCAAAUCUGCAUUGGCAAAAUGAGCACUUUGCAAACGCUAUACAAAACGGAUUUCCAAACCAGAAGCCAGCCUCCAGGACCUGGCUGGGCGCUCUCCUCAGUUCUGGGGCCAGCCUGGAGGGGUAGUGACCGCUAUCCUUUGCCCCACCCCCCCACGGUCCCUCUUCCCCCCUCUGCUGUUGGACCCUACAGGACUGCAGGGCCUCUCUUCUUUUGUAUUAUAGUAGAUUUCACUGUGGACGACUUUACUGUUUAGUCUCUUAGAUUCCACUCGCUUGGUCCUGCCAUGUGAUUUUCUUCAUCUUCUACCACCCACCCCCUUUCAUUUCUCGCUUUUUUCUUUUUUUUUUUUUUUAAAGAACAGCUGUUCUAUCUUCCAUUGUAGAGCCCCCCUCCCCCUGUGACUCAAUAUUACCCUAGUGCUAUGUUGUUUGUGCUAUUUUGAACAAUAAAAUACGUUUUUUUGAAA